UAUGAACGAGAUAAAUUAAACGACAAGAUAUUAUGAUCUAAUCGUGUCUUUUUUCAUUGAAAACUCUAAUAUCAAACAUUUUACAUACAUUCAACACAUUUUCUAUCUUUUACAUUUCGUUUUUAUUAUAUUAACACAAUUUUGGUGAGAUUAGAUAAUUACUUAAUUAUGUUUAGCUACGUUCCAAUUAUAUUUAACAUAUUUAAAAAUCACAGAGAGAAGUAUGAAUGCGCACCAUUUCUGUAAUAACAGAAAUGCUUCAUUCAACAGCAGUUUACGAUUUAUAUAAAUCUCAAAUUUUGCAAUUGUUUCUUAUUGCAUCUAUACGGUUUCUUUAAGUGGGAUUACACUCUAUAGCCUUCGUUCCCUUCUUCGUCAACCCGGGUUUUACCGGCUUUCGAUGGCUUGAGCCGUUCCUGAUUCAGGUCCGUGGAAGACCGCUCGCUCGUGCGAUUCGCGGCUUUCUCCCGACGCGACCAGUCUCAAUGCGGCUGCCUUUCCGAGUCUUCCGGUCGAAGGAACGCAUCCUCGAGAGUACGCAGAGCUGAGUUAAUCAUUGAGUUAACUGCGUACUGUGAGACACGUCGCAAAUUAUGCCGUCAAUGGGAAAACGGUUAAACCGCGCGCGAGCGCGCGCGCGCAAGUGCCCCUGGACAGUCUUGAGUGUUCUGUGACUGCUCCUGUAGAAGAUGUCGGAAAUACGGGGGAGAAAGUAGCAAGUUUGAUCGGCAAGUUCGAUUACGAGUGAUUAAGGUGUGUAGUUUCAUUGCUGUUUAACGUGAGGAAGUCUCUGGAAAUUUUUAGUUUGAAGAUUCGCUUUCCUCCACUAUACUGAAGACAACUGCUGCAAGAGUGAAGAAACGAAGCAACACUACCGACCAUUUUGCUUGAAACAAUUUUGAAAUUUCUUUCGAAAAGAAGUAAAAAUUCUUGUUCCUAAUUUAUUAUAGAAGGACUUUUAACAAUCCAAAAUCUAGGAAAUCUUAACCAGACGGUGCGGUCAUCGAAGAGACAUCUUGAUCUUUCAUGUGUGCUUUGCGGAUCAUGCAAUGCCGAAUAGACUAGUCCAAUGUGGUCGUAAAAUCUGAAUAAAACUUGAGAUUUCAACAAGUUUUAUCGGUUUUACCACUAUUCGAGAGUAAUACGACACCGUUGCCAACGAAUCAUGCGAAAUUUUUAUUCAUGCGGAAUGUGUGAUGAAGUCAGUAGUUCAGUACAUCGUCAAAUGAAGAUAAAAGAAAAAUUUCGUGAAAGUUAAACGCGAUUCAAGAUAGUAAAAAUUCAAAUUUUUGUGAAAUCCGGCCUCUACAUCCAUAUCUCGCAAGGUGCAUCGACUCCGUAGAGAAUCCUGCAUUCCGUGGCGGCAAUUUGAUUUCCUGAAAAAAUCCCAAGUUGCAACGCGGGGUGCCAUCUUGAACGUUGUAGCGUGACAAAUGAUCUCGUCGUAAAGUAAAUCCCGUCGGACCGAAUAUCAUUACGCCGACGAUGAUCCGCUAUAGCUAGUGCUCAACGAUCUCCGUGCUACGUGAUAUCGGUAAGAAGAUCGAGAACCAUCCCUUCCUCUCUUUGUGCGACAGCUCGUUCGAAGUGGCAUAAGAAAGUGGCGGUGUGUGGCUUUGUGCUUUUAGCUCGCCGGUGGAUUUUUGCAAAAAGCAUAAUUGUCCGACUGUUGUGCGACACGGAUUAUAAGGAUUAUUCUCGCAAGUGACGUCUUCUGUGGAUAUAAGCGUAUAUGGCCGACGCGCGACUGGAAUGGCAGAAAAAUUGUGCGAGGCGGCUGCUCGUGGCGACGUUCCUCGAGUUACACGCUUGCUCGACGAAAACGUUAAGCCGUUGCCCGAUGAGAAUGGCCGAGGGCCCCUGUUGCUGGCGGCGGCAGGUGGUCACGUGGAAGUGUGUGAGACCCUGUUGCUGCACGGCGUCGAUGUCAGCGCGGCGGAUGACCAUGGAAACUCGGCGUUACACGAGGCAUCAUGGCGUGGCUACAGUCGGAUUGUGGCGGUUCUGGCGAAGGCUCUCGGGACCCAACGGGCCCCACUGCAUGCCAGGAAUCUUGCCGGAUUUGCACCGCUUCACCUUGCCUGUCAAAACGGCCAUAAUCAAAGCUGUCGAGAACUCCUCCUAGCCGGCAGCAAUCCCGAUCUUCAGAACAACUAUGGUGAUACACCGCUUCACACUUCCGCGCGUUAUGGCCAUGCCGGAGUGACACGCAUACUAAUUUCAGCUCUCUGCAGAGUGUCUGAUCAGAAUAAAAAUGGCGAUACCGCUUUGCACAUAGCUGCAGCGAUGGGCCGCCGGAAGUUGACGCGGAUUCUCCUGGAAGCCGGUUGCGACCGGAGUCUACGGAAUAAGCAGGGCGAAACGGCGAGGGAUAUUGCCCGUCGUAAGAACCAUACCGAAAUCUUGGAGAUUAUCUCUAAAGCUCGCAGUAAAAGCCGAGCGCGCAGCAAGAGCCGCGAGCGUGACUCAGUGGACGGCAAAGUGGACGACGACAAAAAGGGCGAGAAGACCGGAAGUGGUAUCUGUGGUGGUUUAAAGAAGGACCGAAAGAAGCACAAAUCCAACGGCAAGCAACACAAAGUUCGUUUCGAAAAAGCCAUUAUGGGCCGCCAGUGGUCACCUUACGGUUGCCACUAUUAUCCGGAUUUGGAGGCGUUCCCUCAACCACGUCUUGAUUCCCUACCGGCGGAUCCUCUUGGACGGGGCGAGCAAUAUUACCUGGAUCUGGCGGGCAAUAUCAGGAAAGGUCCGGUGGGUGUGGGAUACACGUGUUACUGCGCGCCGUUCUUCCGGCACAUGGAGGCGAAACUAGAGCGAGACAAGGCCGAGCUGAAAGCGCACAUUGAUCAGGCUCACGAGAAGCUGGAUCUGAAGGUGGCGAAUCUGGAGAGGAGAACCAGAGGGCAGAUCUCGGAGCUGACCAGGUGUGUUCAACAGGAGCGGUCCAGGUGCGACGAGAGGUACUCGCACCUUCAGCAACGCCUGCAGCGAGGUGUCAAGGGCAGAUACAGCGAGAGACCGGCGAAAACCAAUUAUCAAUCGGAAGUGGUGCUACGGACGAGGACGAGGUCGUUGGAGGACUUGUUGGAUGAUCGACCACAGGACCGCAGUUUCGAGAUUCCCGGGGAAACGCCAGUUCACCGCGGAAGUUUAGAUGACCUUGAUAUACCAGCCAUACCCAGGCUCAGUACGUCCAUGAGAGAUCUACCUUCGGGGUCUGGAGUGAUCAGAUCGACGCUGAGGGUACUGGACAUCUCCCCGAGACUGAACGAGACUUUCGACGGAGUUAUCAGGCAGAAUGGAAUGGCCUCGCCCUUAGAUCCAGUAUCGACACAGUCACCUCUCGUAGAAGGAAGACGUCAGCAAAUAAGGAGUUGCGCAUCGUAUGACGUGCACAGCAUGAACGUACCCGGGGACGAAAAUACAAUUCGAAACAUUGGUGAUGAGAACACGACGGAAUGGAACGGUGGCCGUCGCAGUGUUCAUGAAAUGAUCAAGAGGUUUCAACAAGUACCUGAUAUGCAUAACGGCUGGCGGAGGAUUUGCUCCGGGGACAACGAACCAACCAGUCUAGACGUACACACUAAAUGCUCGCAAAAUCAAAGAGCGCAUUCUCAAGAUAACGAGAGCGAGAGCAGCGAAGGGGAGGACGACGCCGAGCAACCCGAAGCGUACAAGGGGUCGAACUGUAGAAAAGGUAUCCCCGAAGACGUGCAUUACGACAGCAUCGCGAGGAUGCCGUACAGAUCACGUAAUCCCGUGUACAGUCUGACACCACCUUUGCACGAUACUCAUAAUGAUUCCGGGUACAGUACUCGCAUGUAUGGCUCCAGCAAAGGCGCGUCACCUUCAUUAUCAGGACAACUAGAAUGUGACGUAAUCCUGCCACCCUCGACAGGAUCAUUCACCAGUGGAGAACAGCUUGCUGCUUUGCUGGAGCAGCCGAGAGGACACGAUCUCACGGUUUACGAGCGAGGUGCCGAUAAUGUUGUCAUCAACAUCAGCACUGCCAGUCUGGUUUAGCUGAUGCCGCCGUUCCAAAAUGGGAGCAAAAUAGCUUUUAAAAUACAAUCGAAUUACAUUGUACAUAAAAUACAUGCAAAGUGCUUCAGAUCUCGAAGCUACGAUCAUUUUGUUAAUAUUGUCACUAUUGUCAUUGAGUGUCAUAUCCGUCCGCGUUGCCAUGACUUUAAUUUACAAAAAUAGAAAUAAAUUUUAAGUAAGAGAAUAUAACGAUAUUUAUUAUUUGUGUAAUAUACGUGAGGGAGAAUUGUACAUGUGCAAUGUAAAUGUACAUUGCAAAAAUACAAAAAUGUGAGCUUAUAAUUGAGGAUUAUCGAAACGGUUAGUACAGAUUCUUUGGCUACGUUAUUCUUGUGUCAAUCUCAGCUUACUCCUAUAUUAGUUCCGAUACAUAAUUUGUAUAUCUUUUAUUUAUACAUCCGGAGAAAGCUGUAGUAAAUUUUAUUGACAUUCGCAUGGACGUCAGCCAAAAUUAACAAUCAACAAAGUUAAAUUGCAAACAAAAGAUUCAUUUUGCUGUGUAAGUUAUUUCUGGGUUUUUAUUCUUACUUUUCACAUCAUAAUUCAACAUGUCCACACAUGAAAACAGAAAACAUUUUUACAUAGUUACACAUCCACAUUUAUCGUGCGAUGUUACAUACAAUUAUUUCAAUAUGUAUAAUGAAUAAAAAUAAACAUAUUAAUUAAAGUAU